AUCAAAGGAGUUGUGUGCAUUUCCAGGGGUAGUUUCAUGACCCUGGUGGUAGUUCGACCCUUCCUCUGUACCCUGAACCUAAAAACACACUCAUGAGAAUCCAAUUGAUCUCCUUUUGGACCUUUGAAAAUAGUUGAUGAUAAAGGUGGAAGAAUCGUACAAAACCAACCUGGGAGUGACAGUGGGAUAGAGAGGAACGCUAUCACCUGUUUUAACCUGUGCAGAACCGCCCGUGUCUUUCCUACUUAGCGCUGCCAACAUAUAUAGUCACUUGUGCUCUCCUCUCCACACUCAUUCACGCCUGUCUCCACCUGUUGCUGCAGUCCCAAUCAUGUGGAAACGAUUGAAAAUACCGCUGUUGCAGCGUGAGGGGUCGGGCCACGAGAGCUGUACCAUGGGGGGAGACGAGCUUCCCCUAGUCUCCUCCCCACCACCCCGCCUCUCCUCCUCCGCCUCCUCCUCCCUCUCCUCCACGCAUCUCUCCGCCCUCGAAGACUCCUCCACCUCCACCUCAGUCUCCCGGAAGGACCCGCCGAGGACUGUCUCACUCACGGCGUUGACCUUCACUGCGGGGCCCGGCAUGAGUGAGGUCCCCGCCGCUACCAUGAGGGACCCCGCCGCCGCCCCCUCCCCCGCCGUCGCCGCCACCAGAGUGAGUGUCCCCAGCGAACCACAGACCCCAGUUCGAAGCUCGGCGACCCCCAGACCCGCCUCCACCACCACGGUUCAUAUCCCCCCCAGUCCAGCCCGGCCAGCCCCCACCAGACCUGUCUCCGCUGGGGUCAGUCCACAUCAUCCCCCUCACAACCACCACCAGCGCCACCACUCUCAUUCCGUGUCCGCUCCCCAGUCCGUAGUGUCUAGUCCGCACAGGGUCCCCGUCGGUCCGCAGAGAGCGUCCGCCAGUUCGGGGAAGAUAGGCGGCAGUCCGUCCCGACCAGCCGCCAGCCCCCAGAGAAUAGCGGUCAACCUGCAGGAGCCCGCCAACCACCAGUCAGCCCCAGUCAGCCCCGCCAAGGUAGUCGUCAGCCCCGCCAAGGCCUCCAGCACGCCGCAGGUCACGACAGGCUCCGAGGGCGUGGUGGUGGUGGUGAACGGCGGCGUCACUGCCAACGGCCAGGCGCGGUCACCAGGCCACCUCCGCGCCGCCACCACCACCAUACCUGUCGGGGACGGCGGCAGCGGCAGCAGUGACCCCCAGCAGACGAGCCUCAAGGCCAGCCCCGGCAGGAAGUCCGUCGGCAGCCGCAGUACAGGUGGCGGCGCAGGGGAAGGCAAGCGGGCCACCCACGAGAAGAACAAGUCCGUGACCAUCGUGGUGAACGACCAACAGGUCGCCUAUACCUCCAGCAAUGGCGUGGCCAACGGCGGCGUCCACCCCGAGGCGGCGACCCACGGCGAGGCCACGCGGCCCCCCUCGUCAGCCUCCACGCAGCCGGGGGGCAAGGCGGACCCCGACAUGCAGGUGCGGCCGCUUGUUGGGUGGUGGGGCGGCGAGGGCGGCAGCGCGGGCUCGGUGCUGGAAGACGCCGCCUCCUCCGACGACUGCCACCGCUCCACCCUCACCCUCGUCCACUCCCCGGCGCGCACCCUGUCCCGCGCAGUGUCUGUCAUUCUUUACCUGAGCGGCGAGGCGGGCGACGCUAUGGUUGGCGAGGACAGCGGCGAGGCGUGGAGCGGCGGCGUGACGGGGCUCUGCGGCGUGGCCCUCGUCCUCGGCGCGGCGGUGUGGCUGCGGCUUCCUGGACUGCUCUAUGAGUUCGGCGCAGGCAACUUCUUGGCGGCGUGGUGCGGGGCCGUGCUGGUGGUGGCGGCGCCCCUCGCCCUCCUGGAGGCCAGCCUGGCACAGUUCAGCAGCUCGGCGGCCAUUGCCUUGUGGCGCCUCAUCCCCAUCGCCAGAGGCGUGGGGUGGUCAACGGUGGUGGUGUGCGUGUACUGGGCGGCCGUGGUGCUGGGAUCGCUGGCGCCGGUCCUCCACUACCUCCUGCUCACCCUCAACCCCGCCCUGCUAGUGGGCACCGUGGACUCGUGCUGCACCGCCUCCCCCAACAACACCAGCACCGGGGACUGGGUGCUGCACUACCACAGGUCGUGUGUGUACCAGCUGCCGGAGGAGUGGCACCAUGGCCUGCGCCUCACCUUCUCGUGGCCACUCCCGUCCUGCAUGGCGGCAGCGGCUCUCAUUGCCACCAUCAUGGGUGUGUGUGGGGCCAGGACACUUGCAGGACUUCUGGCGGGGGCGUCUACAUUUGCUCUAACAGGAUUGAGUCUCCAGGUGGCCCUCGCUGUGGUGGAGACGCUGCGCCGCGAUGAGGUGGCCCUGUGGGAGAUGGCGCGCCCCUUCCUCACCCCUCACCCCCACACACUCCUCCAGCCCAGGGUGUGGUGCGCGGCGGUGGCCCAGGUGCUGCUGUCCCUGGGCCUGGGCGUCGGCCUCCUCAUGAGCUUCUCCUCGCGGUCCUCCUUCAGGUUCUCCCUCAGGAGACACUUGUUUGGGCUGUUGGUGCUGGUGGUGCUGGUGACGGCCGUGGUGGCGGGCGUGAGUGUGCUGCAGCUUACCAUCCUGGCCAGUGACCGAGGCGUGACUUUGGACCGCGCCCUCGACCACCACAGGACUCCUCUCCACACACUCCACGCAAGGCUGAAUGAGAGCCGUGUGGUGGGCGUGGAGCUGGGCACCAUGGGGAUGGGCGUGGCGGGGGUGGGCAUGGGCGUGAGUGCUGCCGUCAUCACCACCACCCACCUCAUCAGCCUCGUCUCCUUCUCCUUCCCGUGGCUCAAGCAGCUUGUCGCCACUCUCAUCUACAUUGGCCUGUGGUGCAGCGGCCUGACCACUGUGACAGCCUGCGUGCACAUGCUGGUCACCGCGCUGAGGGACGCCUGGGACUGCCUGCCCAGGGUGUUGGCGGCGCUCAUGGUCGCCCCGAUCCUGGUGGCCGCCGCAAUCAUCACCACCACUGCGAGCGGAGCAGCGGUGGUGGACCUCAUGGACCGCGAGGUGUUGAUCCUGAUGGUGCUGUGGCCGCCCUUCACCCUCACCCUCGCCAUCACCACAAUCUACGGGAUCCAAAAGCUGCGGAAAGACUUCACCUUCAUGCUGGAGUCCGCCGUGUGCUGGCUGUGGAUUCCUGUGUGGGGCUUCCUGCUUCCCUUCACUCUCUUGGGUGUGGUGGUGUGGCUGUGUGUGAUGGAGGGCGGCUCGGUGGUGGUGGCAGACGGGCCAGGCUGGAAGGUGGUGGCGGUGUGGGGCCUGAGGAUGAUGGCCAUACUGCCGCUGCCCAUCACCGCCAUCUACGUAGUCAAGUCUCAGCUGGCUUACGGUGUCGUAGAUAAAGUGGCCUCAUCACUCCAGUCAUCCAGGGAGUGGGGUGACUGGGGACCCCAAGACCCCAUCGAGCAUCACAACUGGCGGCGGUGGCGUGAGGAUGAGACACGGCCCAUCACCACCCUCAAGCGCCGCCUGGCCAGCCGGCCACUCACCUACACCCACUCCACCCUGAGCAGCGAGUCCUCCUCCACCCUUACCCGGCUCAGGAACAAAUACCAGAGGAAUGGGGCCGCCAGUGUUCUCUGAGGCCGUCCCUGCCGCCCCCACAUUGCUGGAGGCGUCACCCUGGAGAGAGUCGAGCCGAUGAGUCUGUCGCCGCUAGCGUGCCGACACACAUGAAUUAUUGUGUGUUCACUUCUGUCAGUGAGAUGAGUUUGUGUUGAUGUUCACAAUGCAUCAACAGUUUUAAAAAGGGAGAAAGAGGGAGGGAGAGAUCUCGCUGCUCACUUUUGGGAUAACAAGAAGGGGAUUGGGAACUCACUGCAGAUGAGUCAAGCAUUGUGUACAGAGCAGCACUUUGUGAAAAGACUAGUUUGAUUAUGGGAAGUCUUUUGUGUGUGUAUAUCUGCAUGCAUGUCUGUAUGUGUUUUUUUUUGUGUGUGUAUUUGUGUGUGUGCAUUCAUGCAUGUGUGUACAUGUAUGUGUGUGCACACAUGUGAAUGUGCAUGUAAAUGUAUGGAUGUUCAUAAGUGUUCAUUUUCCUGUCAUUUGAGAUGAAUAUUCCAUUUUCUAGAACAGUAUUUAACCAAAAGAUUCAGUAUUAAGAAUUAUUUUAGCUAUUUUCAAGCUCUUCUUGUUCCUAAUGAAGAAGAUGCUUGACAUUGACAAUAGCAGAGCAGGAGUGGUGGAGCGGUGACUCACUGAGCUUACUCAUCAUCAUCCCUCAUCAUGGGAACAGUUUUCAAUAUUCUCACACAAACACACCAAGACUUGUUUUAUAAAUGUUUAAUCAGCCUUGCCAGACAUUGGAGUUUUGGCAAAUCUUCUCCACUAUUGUAGCAAAGCACAUCAGGUAGCAAUGCUUCUCUCAUCACCAUAUUUUUGACCCUUAACAUCAAUCUGCAGGAUUUUGUCACAUAAAGAAUUAUAUUUUUUAGUGAGGGUGAUCAUUGUAACUUCAUCACUCAUUUUAUAUUAGCAGUAAUUGAUACAUAUUAAUUUAAUCCAACAGAAAUACAUUAUUUUCCAGUGGCAUAAGCUACAUAACUAUACUACUUGUCUUGUGUAUAAGCAUAGCAGUAACUUGAGAUCAGACCAAGCUGUCCUAGUCUGCUCUAGAAAUAAUCAAAUCUGAGCCUGUACAUACAUCACUAGAGCUUUAGGUAUGCUAGUGAGGGCUUGGUGGAGUGGCUGUACAUAGUGUUGAGUCGGGAGGGAGGCAGGUGCUUGGGUCACAGACUGGUGUGCCGGGCAGUAUCUCAGGAAGGAAGACUUUAUCCCGCCACCAAGGCAGUGAGUCCUUGGUGUGUGGGCCGAGGCAUAGGGAGCGAGUAGUUUUGAAGAUAGAGUUUUGUUGGGAGCUUUUCUGAGAGUCUUGUUGCCUUGGUGUGUAGCUGGUCUAUAUCUGAGGCAAGGGAGAGCCAGGGUGGGUGGACGGCUUGUACUAUUGCUCUGUAGAACGAUAUGUAGAACCUGUUUAUAUCAACUUGUGAAUACAUGUACAUUGAGGUGUAUUUAUUAUUACUGAUGUAUAUAGCACGCUGUGUCUCUGUGCAGAAGUUCCCUUAGUGGUUCACAAGAGGGACGAGAAUCCUAUUUUCGUGUUUAUAAGCUGUGCCUGUCCGUGAGUCUUCCAGGCUUUCCAGAAGACUGUGGUCCAGGGAAGGUUUGUGAGUUCGGGAGGAUUGGUAACAGUGGCCAGUACCUCCCAUGGGUGAGGGUCAACCUGGCUGUGGUUGGCAUGCUGCUGCAGUCUAGUCACUUCUCUGAAUUUUCAUUUUCAAAAAGUAAUGAAAACAUCCGAGUCCUGCUUAGUUUUAUGAAAAUACUUUUUGAGGUUCAACAGUUUGUUUUUUGCUCUCCAAAGCUAAACUGUAUUUAGUGUUCAAGUCUUGAGACAACUUAUUUCUUGUGCACCAAAAUAGGUUUCAUCAAACACACUGCAAUUGUUCACACAUUAAAACUUUUUCAGUAGAAGUUUUUGGGAAGAAUCCCUUAGUUAGUCAAACCAAAAAGUUGUUGUAUAAGAGAUCUGAGACAAAAGUUGAUAUAGUAUACAACAGUGUAUCACUCUAUGCUAAACACUAGUUGAGGCAGCAUGUAUUUUACCAUACUCAUAGUAUUGUAACAUAUGCUCAAGGAACAGCAUGAUGCCAAGUAUAUCUUUUGGUGGUAAAGGGGAGAAAAAAUAUUUAUGAUGAAGUUAUGGUUUGUUGGGAUGUAAGAAGCUAAGUGUGAAAGCCUCAAGUGAUUGUGAGUCUUGAUGACAGACCAGUGUGACUGCCAACCCUCAGUGCAGAGACUUUCAAAGGAAGUGAGAGAUAAUUUAUCUGUAGAGUUAAAUUCAUACUCAUUGAAGUCCCUAAGAAGUGUCUUUGUCAUUAAUUUCUCAGAUUAUUAUCGUUAUUAGUUUAUCAUGUUUUAUCAUUUUUAUUCCAGUUUUGUAUUUCCAUUCAUUUCUUGUCAGUUGAGAUGGCUGGGCCAUAAGCUAUUUUAUUCAAGAUUUGGGAUGAGGCACGAGCUCUUGAUGGGCUGUGAGACGCCCGAGUCUGUCUUUGGCGGUGCAGUGAAAACAACGAAUUUGUUCAUAAAGCUCAAAUGUCUCAUUCACAUUUUUAUUGUUCUUGCUUGUGUCUCUAGUUACCAAGCCUCACACACAGUUGUUCAUAUACUACUGUGCUGUAAUGUGGAGGCUUAAUUGUUUCUGUGUUCUCCGCAUGGUGAGGAUAACCUGUAAAUGUGUUCCGCAGUUAAUUUUAUAGUUUUCGUAUGAACAUUUGAAUAAAUUUCUUCACCUUUCCUAACAUAUGAAAUGCCUGUGAUAUUUUCUUUCCAGUGAUAUUGAUACCCAACACCUUCCUACCCUUGUAUCUACUUAGGGACACUGUUGGGAGGAGGUCUUCCUGGGAGGGUACCACAUGUUUGCCAUCACUCUUCCUGGCAUGUGUCUGCUGAGGACAAGGGGUGGGCAGACACUUGUUUUGUAAGGAGUCAACCAUUAGUAGUUAGGGACACUGCUGAGAUGACUUCCUGUGAGUGUGCAAGCUGUUGCCUGCAUUCCCUCACUCUUGUGUGUUCCUGAUAUAUGGGGCAUGAGGGCAAGGGGUGGGCUGUUUUGUAAGGAGUCAACCAUUAGUGUCUAAUUAUUAUGGAGACUGCAGAGAUGACUUCCUGUGAGGGUGUAUAAGCUGUUGCCUGCACUCACCCUUAUGUGUUCCUGAUGUAUAGGGUGUUGAGGGCAAGGGAAUCAGCCAUCAGUAUUGUAAGCCCUGGUUGGUUGUUUGUGUUGGCAUGUUGAGAAUUUGUCAGUGCCAAACACCAAACACAAAGCACUGAGGUUCAUUGUCUAUAACUAAGAUGCUGCCAGGAAGAAUUUAUGGAUUGUAUAUAGGCCUAUGUACUUAACAGCAUUAAUGGAAUGCAUAAUCUGAAGUAUAUUUAGUCAGGGACUUGAUGGGCAUCAGUCAACCAGGAAGGACAAGAUAUAACAAUGUAUUCAGAGUGAUUAAACAGGAAGGAUGAGAAAUAACAAUGUAUUUAGUGAGUAUCAUUAUUAUUACCUCCUGAAACAUCAUCAGUGUGUAUGGAAGCCUAAGAAACAAGGAUGCGUCUACAGUAACCAGUAAUAUUUCCUCUUGAAGCAUCAUCAGUGUCUGUGUUCUGUUAAUUAACUGUUCAAGGAAAGGAGAGCAGGUGUGUUGUGGCACCAAAGGAUUUAGUUAAAAAGGACAGGUAGUACCAGUGGACGGACCUGCACCUGUGUGAUGGACUUGAGUGUGAAAAUGGAAUAUUAACUUGAUCAACUUGAUGUAAAGUGACCUGCAGUGCUCCUGGCGUCGUGUGUGGUGUUGUGGCCAUGCAAAGGCCGGGAGCCUGUUACAGUGUAGCUUUGAUCUGCAGCUUCAUCCGUGUGUCUGAUCACUGGGAAGACAAUGUGGUAUAGGAGAAUGAUUUUAUAAGAGGAGCAGGUCAAUACAUUGGAAAGUUGA